AUGCAAGUACACGAAGAAGAAACAAAAAAAAUUGUUCGUAGUAAAUUCCAGAGGCAUGCUGUUGCGCUCUUUUGGAAAUGCUAUUUGCAAAGACAAAGACGUUGGCGCCUCCUGAUCGCGGAGACCGUCUUUGCCGCUAUUUUGCUAAUUAUAGCGGUGUUCAUAGCCAAGCCUGUGUUCUUAACCCCCGUCGAGUCAGAGUUGGAACCCCCCUUGGCCUCCGCUGAUCUCCUUGCUUCCCUUCAUACCAAGAACAUCCUGGGCUAUGCUCCUAACUCUGGUCCUUUCGUCACUAUAAUGUCAAGAGCGGCUGAGCUCUUGCAAACUGAAAUGAUGACAGCUGCGAGCGAGGAUGACCUGAUAAACAACCUGUAUAUACUAUCAGAGGGCAGUCCUCUAACCAAUCCUGUUAUUUUUGUGAUCUGGAAACCAAAGGUUCGCCACUAUAUACGAUACCUAUAAAGAGGAAAAAUAAGAUUGUUUGUUUGUUUGCAUUGAAUAGACUGUGAAACUAUUUAAAAACUCUUUCACCUACGCUAAGAGUCAAACUCCAGUAAUAGCUAUAAUUUAUGCGUGCGAAGUGGCAGGAAAAAGGUAUAGUUACUAAUAAAUUUAAUUUAAUUUGAUUAGCCAAAUGUGCUGUCAGGCACAAAACUUUUUAAUUUACUGUAUGUGAACAAUGUUUGGAAGUUUAGCAUUCGAAGCACGGAAAGAGCUCGGCACACCAGCGCCGGUGACGUCUACCAUCCCAACCCUCACCUGCGGGCGGGGUUUCUGGCCGUGCAGGUGGCUGUCAGCCAGGCCAUCAUAGAAUACUCCAGUCCUGGUGCACCCCAAUUCGAGGUGAGCCUCGUUUCGAUGCCGGGGUCACCGCUCAUGCAGGAGUACCAGGUGCGGCAGGCCACAUCUGGAAUACUGCUGUGUAUCACGCUGGCGCUGAUUCCGCCAGUGUUGGAGGCUCAAGCACUUGUCGUAUACGAAACUGUAUGCGGACUAAAGAAUACAAUAUUUUUCUUUCAUAACCUGCAAACUACAGCUUGGAUCGCAUGUCUGUGGACGAUAUUAUUUACGAUGCUGAAUACAUUUUUGGCGGAAAUGCUGGUGCAUCACCAAUACGAUCAGAAACACAAAGCACUCACCUUCAUGUUGCAUCUAGUGUUACCUCCUUUGGGGCUCGUGAGCGCGCUCAACGAGUUUGCCGUACUUCAGACAGGACGAGGUUCAGUACUUGACACUCAACCUUCGUUAUAUUACACUAUACUAUCAUGGGGCGCUAUGAAUUUGCUCUAUUUUGCCAUUCUGAUGAUAUUGCAGCGGACGAAUACUAGCAAAUUACGACCUAUAAAAACACCAACUGGCCGUGAACGGGCAAUGUUGCAAGAAGUGGACGAACUAGUAGCAAAAGCAAUUAGUUUUCGUAGUUGUUCAAAGACCAUAAUGAACGUGCCUAUUCUGAGUGACGUAACAUUGGAUAUAUAUCGUGGAGAAUUCACUAUACUAUUCGCACAACGCAUCCAGGAGAAAAUGAUUGUCACCAUCGAAGACUUGCUCACAGGCUUGACGUCUCCCGAUGAAGGCACAAUCACGGUACUCGGGCAUACCGUCACGCCAGAUAGGAGCUUCAUGUCCAUGCAGUACAUGAUGGGCUAUUGUCAUGAUCCUAAUUUCCUUAUUGAGGACUUAACAGUGGAGGAACAUUUAAUCUUGUUUACAGAGAUCUGCCUGUGGUACGAGUCCACCCAAUACUGGACGGAGUACCUUGAGAUCCGCACUAAAAGACUGUACAGCGAAUGUGACCUAGAAUCCGUGCGGCAUAUGCAAGUGUGGAAUCUCGGUCGGGAGUACCGCGUACGUAUGACCUUCCGCGGCAGCUACGGGCAGGACGACGAGGUAGUGUCAGAGUUGGUGCAGGCAGCGGUGGCGGUGGGCGGCAGCGUACGCGCACACCUCGGCUCACUACUAAUCUUGCGCUUGCCCGCCGCGCCUACACAUGCUGUCGCCGCUCUCAUAGCACACUUCGACCGCGACGCCAACAAAUAUGGCAUAGUAUCUAUGAGCAUUAGCUUACCUGACACCGAAGAAGUCACUAAAAGGUCCACUUCACCUUUAUUUAGACAGUUCUGUACUAGAGUACCGGAGAACAGAGAUACUAAAGCUACGGAGAAAGAAAUCCAGGACAUAAGAUAUACUGCUCUAGCGUACACUGAGAGUAUGACUGAAUAUCUGGUGACGCGAGCUAUAGAUUCGCCCCAACACUAUGUGUACAUGUACGCGUACGGGACAGACAUUUCAAGUAAUGAACUUGGGGAAACGACUAUAAUAGCCAAAUUAUUCUACGGCGAAGGUCUAAACUACGCCUUGUAUUUUAUGAGACUAUCGCCCCAAUUUAAUAUGGCUUACGCUUAUGUGAAAAUCAAACAGAUAUUCCUUUAUAACAGCGAGUGUGUCUUGUUUAAAUCAAGAAAUCUGUGCAAGUCCGCUAAUCUCCACAAAUGCUGCGACAAAUGUGGUAUUUUACAAGAAUGUUUCUCAAGAAAAGAAUAUUUUACAAGGAUACCAGGUAUCCUCGUAGAACUUGUCUCAAUCAUCGGGACAGCUGUUCUUUUUACUGUUCUGCUAUUACUCUGGGAGUAUAGAAUACUGCAAAGGAUUUUUAGGUUCAUGAUAACAAAAUGGUUCGAUGUGGAAAAAUCGGGAAAUAUAGAAGAAGGGAUAGGUUUAAAGCGAGAGAAAGCUGAUGUUACGGAUAAACUAAAGGAAAUGCAGUUUAAAAGAAGAGAAAAAGUCGAUACAUUCGGAGAAUACUUGUUGGUGGACAACGUAAAUAAAAAAGAAGAUGGCUAUUAUACCUUGAGGAACAUUAACUUUGGUGUUGGCAAAGGAGAAGUGUUGGCAUUAUCAGGGCUGAAGCGGCACGGUAGGGUAAAGCUAUGUGAAAUUUUAGCUGGAUACAAAAUACCAACUACCGGACAAGUGUGGAGUAUGUCACGAUGGAAGCUGAAGGAGCAGCCUUAUAAAUAUACCCGUAACUUAUCAAUAAGCUGCGAGAGAAGCCCUCUACCGCAUUGGAUGAAAGUUUAUGACGCUCUUGUUCUGUUAGCUGUCCUUCGAGGAGUCCCGCAGAAACAUGUCGCCGAUGAACUAACAAAUUAUAUUGAUGCAUUAGGUAAUUUUUAAUGACAUUUGCAAAUAUGUUGGUAGGUGUUACAUGAAUUCGAUAGCGCAGUGAUUAACGCAUUCAGUCUGCGAUACGGUGGUUAAGCAACCUCCAAAAGGGUCUUCGUGGUAUGGAAGGCACGUUAAGCCGUUGGCUCCAACUGCGUCUAGUUAUAGUUCAUGACAAAAAUGUGCAAGAGCAUCCAAAGCUUGAUAUUUCGGUAUGUUGAAGUACUAUAGUAUCCAGUACGAAGGUCAGGCGCUUGAGCUCCUGGUGGCAUAUACACAAUACACUCCUUGUUUGGGCAGUUACGUGAAAAUAGUCCUAGGUCGUCUCUAAGCAGGACACUUUCCAAUGGUGGCUCAAGGCAUUAUGUCAAACUUGCCACCCUGUAGAUCCACUACUGAUGACUAAAACCUUCAAUUAAGUCAUAACAUACGCCUCUGUUUUAUCUAACUUCAGAUCUAAAAGACCAAGUUAAUAUGUACAUUUGCGAUUUGCCACCGAAAGACCGUACGCGGUUGCACUUUGCCGCUGCAGUAGUCGGAGCGCCCCCCGUCCUGAUCAUGGAUGAGUGCACGGCCUACCAGAAAUACUCUGUCAGACGCGCUAUGUACUACAUUCUGUAUAACUUGAAGAAACGGGGCCAUGGCAUCUUCAUGAGUGCUAGCAGUGUUGAAACACACUUACCGAUAACCAGCCGGCUGGCGAUCCUGGUGGACGGUCACAUUUAUGACAUCGACCACGUAGACAGACUGGUGGAGCGAUACCACAACAAAGGUUACACGGUGGUGGUGCACCUCAAGGACGAGAGCCCUAAUGUCAAGAAUCUAGAUUACAUAUCGAUUCGUGCCUCAAUAAGUAGUGUAUCUCAGAAAGUAACCGGAAUAUUGAGAGAGACUUAUCGCCUCAAAAACUUUCUGCCAGUUAAUAUCAAUGCUAUGCUUGUGCAGACCUUGAUAUUUCCUAAAAUUGACUACGGUGAUGUGUGCUUAUCGACCUGAAUGCAGAUCUACUCAACAAACUUGAUCGUCUUCUUUAAAACUGCAUUCGAUUUGUAUUCAGUCUUACAAAAUGCGACCAUGUGUCCGCAAAUUGGUCAUAUUUAAUAUUGGAUGCCCAUCCGGCAGCGAAGAAGUAUGCGGUCGUUUUAGUAUUACCUAUCAUUACUGUUAACUGUUUGAUAUUUACAGGUUUUGGUAAACGUACAAGUAUUGGAUAAUAAUCUCAAGUGGGGACAAGUCUUCCAAAAGAUGGAAGAGCUCAAGGCUCAGAAUCCCCAAGUGUACUCAUAUAUAAUAUCUGCUAUACCAAUAGACUAUAUCUAUAAUACGAUUAUUGCAAAUGAACAAGGUCUACAACCUACUUCAGACUUGAUAUCUCUGUUUUGCCUUACAAAUGUCUUGGCGCAGAGAGUUUUGAUAGUGCCUAAUAAAGAAGCUGUGGACAGGUUGAUACCUUUUGAGACGAAAUAUAGUGUGACUAGACUAAAAGAGCUGCCUUGGUCGGUGAUAUUUCAGAGAUAA